AUGGAGAACGUAGCCUGUAAUGCGUCAGGGGACUCUCAGACCAUCUUCUACCUUACAGGCAUCCCCUCUCUGCAAAAAUCCCUCUUCCUCCCUGUCUUCUUCCUCUUCCUCCUCUUCUACCUGCUCAUCCUGGUGGGGAACACCCUGAUCCUGGUGGCCGUGGUGACAGAGCCCAGCCUCCACAAGCCCAUGUACUUCUUCCUAAUCAACCUCUCCGCCCUGGACAUCCUUUUCACCACAACCACUGUCCCUAAGAUGCUGUCCCUGUUCCUGCUUGAGGACAGAUUCCUCAGUUUCCCUGCCUGCUUCCUCCAGAUGUACCUCUUUCACAGCUUCUCCUGCUCAGAAGCCUUUAUCCUGGUGGUCAUGGCCUAUGACCGCUAUGUGGCUAUCUGCCGCCCUCUGCACUACCCUGUCCACAUGACCCCACAGACAAACACUGCACUGGCAGCCAGUGCCUGGAUCACCGCCCUCCUCUUGCCCAUCCCAGCAGUGGUACAGACCUCCCAGAUGGCAUUUAACAGCAUCGCCUACAUCUACCACUGCUUCUGUGACCACCUGGCUGUGGUCCAGGCCUCCUGCUCAGACACCAGCCCCCAGACCCUCAUGGGCUUCUGCAUCGCCAUGGUGGUAUCCUUCCUCCCUCUCCUCCUGGUGCUUCUCUCCUAUGCUCGCAUCCUGGCCUCAGUGCUUCAUAUCAGCUCCAGGGAAGGGCGUUCCAAAGCCUUCUCCACCUGCAGCUCCCACCUCCUGGUGGUGGGCACCUACUACUCAUCCAUUGCCAUAGCCUAUGUGGCCUACAGGGCUGACCUGCCCCUGGACUUCCACAUCAUGGGCAAUGUGGUGUAUGCUAUUCUGACCCCUGUUCUCAACCCUCUCAUCUACACCCUGAGGAACAAGGAUGUCAAGGCAGCCAUCACUAAAAUGACAUGUCACCAGGAUCCAAAGAAUGUUGGAAAACCCUAAAUCUACACCUCAUGGUACAAACUGGACUUUUUCUCAUAAGUACCAACAACCGUAGAGAGGAAAAUGCAGGGAAAUUCACUCAGCUAAAUAAUCAGAACACUAAUUCUCAAAAUAUGUUUCCUCUGUUAUCAUUUUUUCUUACUCUAGAGACUAAAUGGAUAGGAUUCUUGUUGGGUUUUUAAGUUGC